GCUAAAUCCCAAAGACUCGAAAUCUCUCUCAAUUUUGUUUCGUUUAUUUUGUUUUUUUUUGUAGAUAAAAGAAAACAAAAAAAAAUGUUAUAUACAAUUCAAUUUUGGGAAACACUUUAAUGGGGAAGAAUACUAAAUUCAUGUUCCUAAGCUUUUGGCGUUUGAUAAUGGCGUGACACCUUUUUCUUCUCAACAAACGCGCCUCAAUCUCAUCUUCUUCUCUCACUCCAAUUUCUUGCAACUCACUCCUUUUCUCUCUCGCUUUCCUCCUCCUUCCUCUCUUAGAUUCUAAAUUUCGCCGACACGUUUUCUGCUUUUUUCGAAUUCCGUCACAGGAAAAAAUGGGAACCUGCUUCUCGAGCUCUACCAAAUCCACGGCUGAGAUCGCUCCGUUUGACCUCGUCGUCAAACCUCCUGCCGUCGUAGCCUCUUCCGCCGCCGCACGAACUCGCGGCUCGGCCCAGGGACUUCCAAUCGCUACGGCAGUGACGUCGACGGCGACGGCCAGCUCCGCCGUGACAGUGAGGUUGAACGGACCGCCGAACAGUCUGGUGACUUCCUAUCUCCGCUUCGCUCUCCUUCACAAGAAUGUUCAACUCCGUUUCGUACCAUCGGGAGACCAAAAGACGACGAUCCAGGUCGGAUCGGAGACGGUGUCGGGAUCUCAGGAGGUUCUGCUCCGUUACAUCGAGGAGAAGUUUCCGGAGCCGCGGCUGAUGAUCUGGAAGUUCAAUCUAGAAGGUUUCGACGAGGCGACUCCACUGAUAGUGAGGACGAUUUGGCUUCAGCACAGGAGCAUGGUGUGGCACAUGGAGAGGAUGUUGAGAUGGUCGGAGGAUCUGGCGGCGCGUGGAGGCAGAAGAGCGGUGGAUCCGUCGGUGGGGACGCCGAAGAUGGAGAUUAGGAAGUUCGCCAAGAGCUAUACGCAGCUUCAAGAGCUGAUGGUUGAGCAUGCUCAAAUGGAAGAGAGAAUCCUUUUCCCCGUUCUCGAGUCUGUUGAUCGAGGGAUGUGCAAAAGUGCAAACGAGGAACACGGGAGAGAAUUACCAAUGAUGAAUGGAAUCAAAGAAGACAUCAAAUCCAUUGGAGUUUUGAACUCUGGAAUCUGUUCAGAGGAACUCUCUAGCCUUGCUUCUCGUUUCAAGUCAUUGCAGAUGAUGUGUAAAGCACACUUUGAAGAGGAAGAGAAAGAUUUGCUGCCAAUGGUGGAAGCUGCAGAAAUGGGGAAGGAGAAGCAGAAGAAGUUGAUGAAUGAAAGCUUGGAAGUUAUGAGAGGGACUCACUCUCAUUUGUUUGAUUUCCUCCUCGAAGGUCUCACCCCGCAAGAAGCUAUGCAGUAUAUUGACUUGCUCAUGAAAUUUGGUGAUCCAGAUCUUAUCUCGUCUUUUCUCUGCCAAGACAUUGUUGACUGAUCUUUUUCUUCAAGCUCACUUUGUGAAAACUGUUGUUGCUGGUGGUUUGGGUUGUGCAUUUUGUGUAAAUAUAGAGUCAGAUUAUCGAUCAGGCUGCUCUGUUUUUUCAUUCCUUUAAAAAAUAUUAUCAACUCGUAAGAGAGCAAGUAAUGUUUCCCAGGAUGGCUAAACUACACAUUUAAGUUUUCAACAAGGUUAAUUCGAUUUAUGCAGUUUUUAUGUUUGUCCAG